AUGACAGAGGAAGAAUCAGUAUCGACACGAAAUAACGUUGAGGAGGUACACGGGCAGUUGUUCGAAGUUGGACCUCGCUAUGUGAACCUCUCCUACAUUGGCGAAGGAGCAUAUGGAAUGGUCGCCUCCGCUUUGGAUACAGUCACUCGCGAAAGAGUAGCAAUCAAGAAAAUAUCUCCCUUCGAGCAUCAGACCUUCUGUCAACGAACAUUGCGCGAAAUCAAGAUUCUAACACGGUUCAAGCAUGAAAAUGUAGGUAUUAUCUCUACUUUCCUGCGAUUUUGUCAAUCAGUAGAGCAAAUGAAGGAUAUUUAUAUUGUGCAAUGCUUGAUGGAGACUGACUUGUACAAAUUGCUAAAAACACAGAAACUUUCCAAUGACCACGUCUGCUACUUCUUAUAUCAGAUUCUUCGCGGUCUCAAAUAUAUCCACUCAGCUAACGUUUUGCAUCGUGACUUGAAACCUUCAAAUUUGUUGCUCAACACUACAUGUGAUCUCAAGGUACAUACUUAUCAGAUUUUUUUAGCAUGA